AUGAGAAGUUUUCCCCUUCCCCCCACAAAGCUAAACCCACCCAACAUCAACACAUUAGCACCAACAAUAGUGACAACAAGAUCUGCAACUCCACCAUCACCCACAUCUCCUAUUCCCUCUCCAUGGCACUCUCCAAUCCCUUACCUCUUUGGAGGCCUAGCCAUCAUCAUGGCUCUCAUAUCCAUGGCCCUAUUCAUACUUGCUUGCUCCUAUUGGAGACUCACAAGGCAGACCCAACAAAUGGACUUGGAGAAUAUCACCCAUAAUAACAACAACAACAACAACAUCAUCAAAGAGGGUGAUGAUGACCCUCAAAAAAAGGAGCAACCUUUGGUCUAUGAGGAGAAGGUCCUAGUCAUCAUGGCUGGAGAUCACAAACCCACCUUCUUGGCCACCCCAUCUACCAAUACCAAUUUCCACAAACACCUUGAAAAUUCCGAAAAUUUGGACAUGCCACACAUGGAAACUUCUGACAACAACCAUGGUGUUGUUCAGGACGAAAAUGGAAGUUCUCAAGAACAUAAUGAACAGCAUAGUGACUGA